AUGAUGUCUAGGGAGAGCGUAGAUAGAAGAGCAGGAAGAAGGGGUCCUAAUCUUAAUAUCGUCUUAACGUGCCCGGAAUGUAAGGUCUAUCCACCAAAGAUCGUAGAAAGAUUUAGUGAGGGGGAUGUCGUAUGUGCUCUUUGCGGCCUUGUACUAUCUGAUAAGCUGGUGGACACCAGAUCUGAGUGGAGAACGUUUUCCAACGAUGACCAUAACGGUGAUGACCCAAGUCGUGUUGGUGAAGCAUCAAAUCCAUUAUUAGAUGGGAAUAAUCUAUCGACAAGGAUCGGUAAGGGUGAAACCACAGAUAUGAGAUUUACCAAGGAACUGAAUAAGGCGCAGGGGAAAAACGUCAUGGAUAAAAAGGAUAACGAAGUACAGGCCGCAUUUGCCAAGAUCACCAUGCUGUGUGAUGCUGCUGAAUUACCCAAGAUUGUAAAGGAUUGUGCCAAAGAAGCCUAUAAGCUUUGUCAUGAUGAAAAGCUAUUGAAGGGGAAAUCGAUGGAGAGUGUUAUGGCUGCGUCCAUAUUGAUUGGUUGCAGACGUGCUAAAGUGGCAAGAACUUUUAAAGAAAUUCAAUCAUUGAUCCAUGUCAAGACCAAAGAAUUUGGGAAGACAUUACAAAUAGUGAAAAACAUUUUAAGAGGCAAGAGUGAGGACGGUUUCUUAAAGAUCGAUACCGACAAUAUGAGUGGUGCGCAAAAUCUUACUUACAUCCCUAGAUUUUGUUCCCAUUUGGGUUUACCAAUGCAAGUCACCACCUCUGCUGAAUACACUGCAAAGAAAUGUAAAGAAAUCAAAGAAAUUGCAGGUAAAUCUCCCAUUACUAUUGCUGUUGUCUCCAUUUAUUUAAACGUCCUGCUAUUUAGGAUCCCUAUCACUGCAGCAAAAGUUGGCCAGACCUUGCAGGUUACUGAAGGUACCAUUAAAUCCGGUUAUAAAAUACUGUACGAACACAGGGACAAACUUGUGGACCCACAACUUAUCGCCAACGGUGUUGUGUCCUUGGACAGCUUGCCGGGAGUAGAAAAGAAAUGA